AUGAGCGGCAGAGGAAAGGGAGGCAAAGGACUCGGUAAAGGMGGCGCCAAGCGUCACCGUAAAGUCCUCCGUGAUAACAUCCAGGGAAUCACCAAGCCCGCUAUCCGCCGUCUGGCUCGCCGCGGGGGAGUCAAGCGYAUCUCCGGUCUCAUCUACGAGGAGACCCGCGGUGUGCUCAAGGUCUUCCUGGAGAACGUCAUCCGUGACGCCGUCACCUACACCGAGCACGCCAAGAGGAAGACCGUCACCGCCAUGGAYGUGGUGUACGCUCUCAAGAGGCAGGGCCGCACUCUGUACGGCUUCGGAGGUUAAACUGCUUCAUUGUAUCGAUACAACAACAAAACGGUCCUUUUAAGGGCCAC